CCUGUAAGCAUUAUACGGAGGUUGUAGUCGCAGUAACGUAAUGAGUCGCUGGGGGCGCUGUGUCGUGUUUGUGGCUUUCGUGUCACUUAGGGGAGAGAAGAACUUUGGGCAGGUUGAUUAGCUGAAGAUGCUGAUGAAGAAAUGACAGACAUGCGCUGAUUGAUUGAUUGACAGAUGUCUUGGCCAUGAUGCUGAGCCGCCGCACACUGGCCAUCGCCCUCCUGCUGCUGCAGUUCCGAGGCCUGGUGAGCUUCCUGGAGGAGGAGGAGGAGGGCAGCAUGCCCAGGGAAUGGGUUCUGCUGCACGUGGUCCAGGGCCACAUCGGAGCGGGGAACUACAGCUAUCUGCGGCUCAACCACGACGGCACCAUCGUGCUGCACAUGCACAGCCUGAAGGGCGACGCCGACCUCUACGUGUCGGAUAAGACGCUACGACCCAGUUUCGACAGCUACAAGCUGCAGUCGGCCACCUGCGGCCAGGACGUGGUGGUGGUCCCCAUGGACUUUGCCCGGCCCGUGGGCAUCGGCAUCUACGGACACCCCUCCCAUCGGGAAAGCGAGUUCGAGAUGAGGGUAUUCCAUGACCAGACGGCACCGCAGGAUCCUUUUGAUUUGGGCUCGGAGGAUGGGCAAAAACAGAAGAAACCCACUCAGACGGCCGACGAGAACUUUGAGGAAGAGGAGUCGAUAUUCUGGACCAUUCUAAUUGGACUGUUGAAGAUAAUUCUAGAAAUUUUGUUUUGAAAGAAAGCCUUCAUUGCUGCUGCGUUGCUGUUCUUGCUUCACCUCUGAGAAAUGAAAAGUCUUUUCUGGACUACUCAAUUCAUGGGAAGAAGAAUGUGAGGAUAAAUUAAAAUGAACUGCGCUUCAUCUUCUAGGUCUUCUAGGCAAGCCUCAGUGUUCACAUGUUUGAUAGAAGACACCAAUGUCAUAUUCAAAUGUUAAUUUUUUACAUCUUUAGAUGCAUAUCACCACAAUGGAGGCCGCCAUGUUGCAUUUCCAGUGAUGUCCUUAGGCUAAUCUCACAGUGCAGCUAUCUAGUGGCUAGCUGAGUCUGAUAUUUAAAUACGUUAAGUGAUGGUGUCUUUGAGGACGGAACGGAAAAAUAAAAAAAAAGGUGCUCUCUCGAUUCACACUACCAUGCGAUCUCAUUUCUAAUUUAUUUUUUACUUUUACAAUUUUACUCAACAAGUUGCAUCACAAAUGUUGCCAUUUCACUCAAGUACUCAUACUGCACUGUUAGCAUUAUGGCCGACACUUCCUCCUCGCUCUCAACGGUCCCCAGCAACUUUAUUACGUGCAUGAAUGUCCUGUCAAGUGAGCAAGCGUGAAAUUUUUUGACUUAAUGGAUUAUUUUCAGUCCAUUAUUUUUCUAUUAAUGGCCAGGGAUAAUAGUGUGUGAAAAAAUGUCCCAGAGAAUCACAAUCUCAAUUCUAAGCAUGAAUAUGGUGAUUCCACAUUUUGCGGAAUUGUGUAGCCUUCCAGUGUCUUCUGUCAGACGUGUGACCACUGAGGUUAAGAACACGAGCAGGUUGUUAUUCCAUCGUGUGAGCUCUCAGGUUGUUUUUGCUCUACACACUCCUGAUGACAACUUCUCCACUGUAGGCCUAGCGGUUAGCACGCUGGCAUUGAGGAGGAAUGUUCCCACAGUGCCUUCACGUCUGCCUCUGCUCAGUUCUCCCGUUUCCUCCUGGAUUGAAGGAAUUUUCAUAAAUAAAAUACUUUUG